CUUUGGGCAACCUGUUCAGAAGCCUGUUUACACAUGCAUUAGCUGUUGUGGAGCCACUUAGAAGCAACAAAAAGAUCACUUCCUACAUGUGCACUCCGUCCUGGAGUAAAAGCAUGCUUUGUGAAGGGAUUCAUCUGUAGGCUAAAGGACUGCCCGCCUAAGUGCUCUUCUGGAACAGCUCUUGUGGAAUAAUGCCGUUUUCAAAAGCUGUGCCAGCCAGUUCCUCUCUGCAGACAGAGCCUUAGGCACUGAGAAUCCAGGCACGAACAUAAAGUGCUCGAUUUUUCAAGCGCCCGCAGUGCAUGCGCACAGCGUUGUGCUGCGGAGGGAGGGCAAGGAAGCGGGCACCGCCAUUACCGUCAUUCCCUGGGCGGGAAGGGCGGAGCGCUGCCUCAGGCGAAGGCGCUCAGGGCGGUGCUGGGGCUGAGGUUUGCAGGAAGGCACAGGUCUGCGGCUGCCUGAUUUUUCUGCUGGGAGGUGCCAGUGGCCUCACGCACCGAUCGAUACUUUAUUGCCUGCUCUUUCACAAUGAAGGCUAUGGAGGAUCAAGUAGUCCAAGAAGAAUCUGGAUACCAGGAUGAUGAGGAAUCCUUUUUUCAGGACAUUGACCUGCUACAAAAGCAUGGGAUUAACGUGGCAGAUAUUAAAAAACUGAAGUCAGUUGGGAUCUGCACUAUCAAAGGAAUCCAGAUGACAACAAGACGAGCACUGUGCAAUGUAAAAGGGCUGUCAGAGGUCAAAGUGGACAAGAUUAAAGAAGCUGCAAAUAAGCUGAUUGAGCCAGGCUUCCUAACUGCAUUUGAGUACAGUGAAAAACGGAAGAUGGUAUUUCAUAUUACUACUGGCAGCCAGGAAUUCGACAAACUUCUGGGUGGUGGGAUUGAAAGCAUGGCAAUCACUGAAGCCUUUGGAGAGUUUCGGACAGGCAAAACACAGCUAUCUCAUACCCUUUGUGUGACAGCUCAGCUGCCGGGGCCCAACGGCUACACGGGUGGAAAGAUUAUCUUCAUUGAUACUGAAAACACUUUCCGACCAGACCGUCUCCGUGACAUUGCUGAUCGCUUCAACGUUGACCACGACGCAGUCCUUGACAACGUGCUGUAUGCACGUGCAUAUACCAGUGAACAUCAGAUGGAAUUGCUUGACUAUGUAGCAGCCAAAUUCCAUGAGGAAGCUGGUAUCUUCAAGCUACUGAUCAUUGACUCCAUCAUGGCACUCUUCCGUGUGGAUUUCAGUGGCCGUGGAGAGCUGGCUGAACGACAACAGAAACUCGCUCAGAUGCUGUCCAGGCUCCAAAAAAUAUCAGAAGAAUAUAAUGUGGCUGUGUUUGUGACCAAUCAGAUGACCGCUGAUCCAGGAGCAACUAUGACCUUUCAGGCAGACCCAAAGAAGCCCGUUGGUGGCCACAUCCUUGCUCACGCUUCAACUACCCGAAUUAGUUUGAGGAAAGGGAGAGGGGAGCUGCGUAUUGCAAAGAUAUACGACAGUCCUGAGAUGCCUGAAAACGAAGCCACAUUUGCAAUAACUCCUGGAGGGAUUGGAGAUGCCAAAGAAUAGGCAGAAAACUCAUCGCUGAUAACUGCCAAGGCUGGGAUGAAGAUUUGUGCAAGGUCGCUGUCUCCCCGACUGCAUUUUUAUCUUCUUGGAACAAUUUGAGAGGUUUUGGGAUAAACUGUGUGCUUCAGUGUUAUUCAUCUUAACAGAAGUUGGUUCAUUUUGGGUCUUCUCUUUUCAAUUGACAAUAAAUAGCUGAUGGAAAUGGCAAUGGCAGGAGCAAGAGCCCAGGAACUUUAGGAAUUAGUAUUUCAGGAAUUACCUGAAAAUACUUUCAUGUUGACCAGAUUAUUUAUUUAUGCACUUAUACUUUUUGGAGAGAAUGACCUCAAGUUGUUUACACUAAAGGUAAUAAUAAAGAUGUAAAAUCAGAA